AUGACAAGAAGGAGGCACAUUAGAAGUAGUUGUUCCAAGGAAUUAAAGAAUUAUUUACUUUUUACUCUCAUUUCUACCUCAAACGGAACGGUUAGCCAGCGAGAGGGAAUUUUCUUCAGACCACCUGGCGAUGUAUUUUUGGCUUUACCUCGUACUUGGAGUGAUCUUCUUCAAGGGUGGUUAUUCUGCAAAUGUUCACCCUGAGAAGGUCGUAGCCUUUGCUGGUGGAAACGCCAUCCUCCCCUGCAAGUUGAAAAUCCCUGUGAGUGAUCACGUUCCGACAGUGGAGUGGUCCAAGGAAGGCCUGGACUCAGACAUCGUCUUCUUGUACCGUGAUGGCUUUGAGACCUUUGAGAUGAAGAAUUUGGACUUUGAGUUCAGGACGAGUCUCUUCAUGAGAGAGGUGAAGAAAGGGAACGUCUCGCUGAGGAUCUCCAACCUGAAGCCGUCAGACGCCGGGAUCUAUCAGUGUUUGAUCAUCCAAAGGAACGGAAGCAGAGAGGCGACAAAAGUAGAGCUGGCGGUUGCUGCAGCGUCUGAGCCGGAAGUCGCAGUGGUUUUUAUUGAAAGUGAAGGAGCGACUGUGGCAUAUGAAACAAGCUGCUGGCCGUCUUUGGAUGAUGAAGGAAAUGACAUCACUGAUGAGGGGCCGAACCAGGAACAAGAUUCCAGAAGAUGCUUCACCUCUAGGCAAACUUUCUCUAUGCAGGAUUCCACAAGAAGGAUUGUCUGGAGAAUGAACCAACCACAAAUGGAUCAGAACAGGACUGCAGAGAUCUUCCUUUCAGUUUCCUGUACGAGGUUCAAGUUUGAAAUUUGCUGCAURGUUGGAGUGAUUUCUGUUGUCUUGCUUUUGUCUGGAAUCUCAAUUUGCAUGUGGCAGACCUCUUGCAAAAAUGCGAGGAAGAAAAUCAACCAAAGAAAAUCAUCCGACUCUGAUUUGAAAAGUGUGAACUGUGUAAUGAAUAAUCUUUUGAAUAACAUAGCUGAAAACACAGGAAAAAUCAAGAUUGAGGAUCUAGAGAAACAGAUUUACGAUCUGAAAUUAGAGAGCAGACACAAAGAUGAGACUAUCCGUCAACUACAGGAGGACAUCCGAUCUAUGGGUGACGUCUACCAGCAUGGCAAGACAACAAAUUUCCAAAGUUYUUCUGAAUCCCAGCAGAAUAUUCUGAGAUACUUCACCCAAACUCCAGACCUCAACAUAGACACCAAAAAGAUCCAGAAAAAGUCUUCAAAACAUGKMAAAUCUGGUCAUGAAAAGCCAAACAGCAAACUGAGUCCUGGUCGAUCAUCRAAAAGAAAAUUAGAUCAAAGCAACAUGUCAGCUUUGGGUGCCUCAGGUUCUGCAGCUGGCCUCAGGUUUCUUGUCCGUCCCACAAAUGAUCACUUAAUUAAUCGUGAUUAUAGUGACACAGUGGUUCACCGCAGACAUUUUUCAUGGCCUUUAAAUCCUUUAGAGUCUUCUAACCGUUAUUCUCCUCUGGCUGAUAUGACAGAGUAACAAUGUUUGGAUAAAUGCAUUUUUCUUAUAGCUACUUAUACCUGCACMUCUCAUUAUCCCACUGCCUUCUUUCAGCAGUCAUGUUGGAUGAUAAUAAAAAAAGUAAUAAUAAUACUACUAAUAAUAAAAACGUUUUUUCAUGCAAUACUCCUGGUCACUUAUGAAACUCUUGGUUUUAGCUACUGUCUCUUUAAUACCAACAACAACUAAUURGUUAUAUAUAUGCUUAAUGUGUUUUAAUGUUGAGAACAUUCCAAGAUGGUGGGAUUAGAUUCCCACCAGAUUUCACAAUUUACAAGAUUACACGUUUCUUUCCUACCUCCUGCUCCUUUUUCACUUCUAUAAAAGUGUUGUAAGACUUUGUAUUUUUGAAUUAAUGAUGAAAUUUGUUAAAUCAAGUGAAUAAACUAAUUAAAGAUAAUGGGUUAAGUAUCACAAACUGAGGAACUCCAACAAUUAAAAUAAAUACCAAUUUCAUACCUAAUACCUGUGAUGUAAACAUCAACCAGGCUUUCAAUCAGAAAAUCUGGCUGCAGUAGCAGAGAGGGCAGCACUGAGACAAUUUUGAGCCAAAUAUUAAUAAAUUAAACAUGUUUACAUGAAAAUGUUACAAUUUGCAUAGAAACAUAACAAUAUCACUCUUAGAGUCCAA